UCCCGGAUGUAGCAUCACAUGAAUUGACUGUCAACAUGCAAGAUGGCCACGCAUCACAGGCAAAAUGCUGCUGGGCGGAGAAAAGUACAGGUGUCCUAUGUCAUUAGAGAUGAAGUGGAGAAGUACAAUCGAAAUGGAGUGAAUGCACUCCAGCUAGACCCGGCGCUGAACCGGCUCUUCACUGCUGGAAGGGACUCUAUCAUCCGGAUAUGGAGUGUCUACCAGCACAAACAGGACCCGUACAUUGCCUCCAUGGAGCAUCAUACAGACUGGGUUAAUGACAUAGUACUCUGUUGUAAUGGAAAGACAUUGAUAUCUGCCUCUUCAGAUACAACAGUCAAAGUAUGGAAUGCACAUAAAGGGUUCUGUAUGUCAACGUUACGAACACACAAGGACUAUGUGAAAGCUCUGGCCUACGCUAAGGACAAGGAGCUGGUGGCAUCAGCAGGCCUGGACCGGCAGAUCUUUCUUUGGGAUGUGAAUACACUGACGGCACUAACUGCUUCUAACAACACUGUCACCACCUCGUCACUGAGUGGGAACAAGGACUCUAUCUACAGUCUUGCUAUGAACCAGAUGGGCACAGUUAUUGUAUCUGGAUCCACAGAAAAGGUUCUGAGAGUGUGGGAUCCUCGAACAUGCGCAAAACUGAUGAAGCUAAAAGGUCACACAGACAAUGUCAAGUCACUACUGUUGAAUCGAGAUGGCACUCAGUGCCUGUCAGGCAGUUCAGACGGGACUAUCCGCCUGUGGUCGCUUGGGCAGCAGAGAUGUAUUGCCACCUAUCGCGUGCAUGAUGAAGGGGUGUGGGCCCUGCAGGUCAAUGAGGCCUUCACACACGUCUAUUCUGGAGGCAGAGACAAAAAGAUCUACUGCACCGACCUGCGUAACCCAGACAUCCGUGUGCUCAUCUGUGAGGAGAAGGCCCCGGUGCUCAAAAUGGAACUGGACAGAUCUGCUGACCCACCGCCAGCAAUCUGGGUCUCCACCACCAAGUCAUCUGUUAAUAAAUGGUCUCUAAAGGGAAUGCACAAUUUCAGGUCAUCAGGGGAGUAUGAUAAUGACCUCAGUACUCCUCUGACACCACUGUGUACUCAGCCAGAACAAGUCAUCAAGGGAGGUGCCAGUAUUAUCCAGUGCCACAUUCUGAAUGACAAGAGACACAUACUCACCAAAGAUACCAACAACAUCGUGGCUUUCUGGGAUGUUCUAAAGGCUUGCAAGGGUGAAGACUUGGGAAAAGUGGAGUUUGAUGAAGAGAUUAAAAAGCGUUUCAAAAUGGUUUAUGUGCCAAACUGGUUCUCUGUUGAUCUGAAAACUGGGAUGCUCACUAUCACACUGGAUGAGAGCGACUGCUUUGCUGCAUGGGUGUCUGCAAAGGAUGCUGGGUUUUCAAGCUCUGAUGGGUCAGACCCAAAGUUGAACCUGGGUGGACUACUGCUGCAGGCUCUGCUGGAGUUUUGGCCUAGAACUCGCAUCAAUCCUAUGGAUGAAGAUGAGAAUGAGGUGAACCAUGUGAAUGGAGAGCAGGAGAAUAGGGUCCAGAAAGGAAAUGGAUAUUUCCAAGUGCCACCCCACACGCCAGUCAUCUUUGGGGAAGCAGGAGGCAGAACUCUAUUUAGGUUGCUAUGUAGAGACUCGGGUGGAGAGACUGAGUCCAUGUUGCUGAAUGAGACAGUCCCACAGUGGGUUAUUGAUAUAACUGUAGAUAAAAAUAUGCCCAAGUUCAACAAAAUCCCAUUCUACCUCCAGCCACAUUCUUCCUCUGGUGCAAAAACUCUAAAGAAGGACCGUCUCUCAGCCAGUGACAUGCUCCAGGUGAGGAAGGUGAUGGAACACGUUUAUGAGAAGAUCAUCAACCUGGACAACGAAUCGCAGACCACCAGCUCCUCGGCCAAUGAUAAGCCCGGGGAGCAGGAGAAGGAGGAGGACAUGGCCAUGCUAGCCGAGGAGAAAAUUGAACUCAUGUGUCAAGACCAGGUUCUAGAUCCCAAC